UCGUCUCAAGGUUCCUGGCAGAGACGCAACGGCAGCGAGCGAUGGCACACCGACAGGAUGCUUCUGGCACGAGAGAGAAGAAGCCCAAGUUUGCAGAAUUAAAUAACCUCAUUUCCGAAAAGUUGGGCGGCAGAAUUCUCUUUGCAACAGAUGACUGGUUUGCUGUGGCUGAAAACCUCUUAAAGGAGAGUGACCCCGAGUGGCGGGAAGGCGAGUUCACAGAAUGUGGGAAAUGGAUGGAUGGAUGGGAGACUCGCAGAAAAAGAAUUCCGGGCCAUGAUUGGUGCAUCAUCAAGCUUGGGGUACCCGGUAUCAUCGCGGGAAUCGACGCCGACACGUCAUUCUUCACAGGGAACUUUGUCCCUCGCGUGUCCCUCCAGGGCGCCGUGCUGUCUCCUCAAGAUGAAGCCAAAAUCCCGCCCAGAAAGAGUGAAAUUGGCACCCAGGCCUGCGAGGGAGUGCUCGAACAGGUGUCACAGCUGAACAGCCAGAACUGGCCGUUCCUCGUCCCUCUAACGGAAGCUCGACCCGGAUAUAUGAAGACACAUGCACACGUACAUCGAGGCGACGGUCAAGGAGGCUGGACACACGUUCGGCUCAACAUAUACCCUGACGGUGGCAUCGCGAGGCUCAGGGUGUUCGGGAGUGCCACGCCGGAUUGGUCCAAGGUGCCAAAAGGGAAGCUGAUCGACCUGGCGGCUGUAGAGAACGGGGGCGUGUGCCUGGAGUACAGCGACGCCCACUACGGCCACCCACGCAACCUCAUCAGCCCAGGGAGGGGCGUGACGAUGGCCGACGGGUGGGAGACGGCCAGGAGGCUCGAUCGGCCCGCGGUGUUGGAAGCCGACGCCCGCGGGGUGCUCCAGGUACCGGGCUUCGAGUGGGCGGUGCUGCGCCUGGGUCACCCCGGGGUCGUCUGCCAGGUGGAGGUCGACACCCACCACUUCAAGGGCAACUUCCCGGACUCCUGCAGGAUCGACGGCUGUCUGCUUCAGGAGGGCGAGGACUCUACUGUCUCCCUGGGCAACGACGAAGGACUAUGGAGGAGUAUUUUGCCACCGCAGAAGCUAAAAGCCCACGCCCGCCAUUUCUACUCGUCGGAAGUGGAAAAUGUCGGACCGAUCUCUCACGUGCGAGUCGUAAUGGCGCCCGACGGAGGCAUAAGUCGCGUGAGGUUGAUCGGGACGUUAUUUUCACUGGCGGCUAAACUCUGAAAACUUUGGUUUGUUUGGAAUUGGUUUGCAUUCAGAAUGGUAAAAAAAUAGUACUGAUGUGUGUUUUUUUAUUAUUGUUAUUGUUAUACUUUAAAAUUCAGUCUUGACAAACUUUGAGGAAUAUUUUAUUUUCACCGGAGGCCAAUCUCUGAAAAUUGGUGGUUCCACAGUAAUUCUUGGUUGCAUAUAUGAAAUAAAUUCAGAGUUGAUAUAUUUUUUAUUGUUAUACUUUAAAAUUCAAUCUGAUAGACUUGUUUUUGACGAAUCAGAACUGGGAAGGUUAGACCAGUAGGAAUUCGAGGUGUCAUGGCGUCCCACAGGGAUAUUUUGAUGUUUGUUCAAUGAAAAUAUAACCAUUAAAAUCAUUAUUUUCCAUCCUUUUUGGAAACUGAAAAGACCAAAAUGAUCGACCAUAUUCACAAAGCACCCGUAACUUUUGUGACGUCAUCAAAAUGUGUUUUUCAAAAAAUAGAAUCAGACGCCAUGACACCUUCGAGCUGCUACUGAUCGAGCCUUCUCCGAAUCCUUGACAGGUGAUUCGAGUAGAAUUCAUGACUUCUAUUCAAGAUGAAAAGAGUUUAGUACUGAUAAUUCAUCUUAUCAAUCUACUUUUUUAUUCUAUUAAGAGCAAAAGAUAAAGGAAAAAAUAAGUUAAAGAGUACUAACCAGUGGCGAAGUUGGGACACGGAAUGCAGGAAGCGCUAGCCAGCUCGUGGGCAUUCUGACACCUAGGAGGGCAUUUGGGCAUACUUCAAGGUCAAGUCAGUGGCGUGAGUUAGGGGCAUUAUAUAGACGAUAAUGUACUUGUAAGAAAUGAAAUAAAAUGCAAUCGGAAGUUCUA